AUGAGUGUGCUUUUAGCCGUCGGUUCCAUUCCAUCACCUUUCGACUGUUACCUGGUGAAUCGUGGCGUGAAGACGUUGCACGUGCGCAUGGAGCAGCACUACAAAAACGGCAUGGCAGUGGCACAGUUUCUGGAAAAGCACCCGCUCGUCGAGAGGGUUUUGUACCCCGCAUUGCCGUCGCACCCUCAGCACGAGAUUCACAACAAGCAGACAACUGGCAUGAGCGGCAUGAUAUCUUUCUAUCUGAAAGGCGGACUAGCGGAAGCGAAGAAGUUCCUCAGUAAUCUACACGUUUUCUCGUUGGCUGAGUCCCUCGGUGGCUUCGAAAGUUUGGUGGAAUUACCGUCACUUAUGACCCAUGCUUCACUGUCCAAAGAGCAGAGAGCAGGUCUCGGCAUCAGUGACAGUCUUAUUCGCCUAAGUGUCGGUCUUGAAGCCUCUGAAGACUUGAUCGAGGACCUACGGAACGCGCUGGAGCAAUGUCAUACAAACUGA